AAGUAGCUAUAUAAUAAAUACUCAACUCAUCCUCUUCUCUCUCACGCACUCUCUCAUUACUAUGCUUCAUUUUCUUUGACUUCCUCUGAAUCUGAAGCUUUAGAAAAUCUCACUAUCGGAUCCGUCAAGAACCACUGAUCAUAAUUAAUACCCGAAAGUGAAAGUUGAAAAUCAUGUCAAAAGUGAGAGAAUCAAUGGAGGAGAAGCUACUAGGGAAUGAAGUGAGAGAAUCAAGUGAGAGAAUCAAUACAACAGAAAGUAAAAAUGGUUUUAUGAAAGGAAGGUUUGUGGAGGAAUCAAAGAAAUUAUGGAAGAUUGCACUUCCUGCAGUUAUAUCAAGGGUCACCCUAUUUGGCAUGUAUGUUGUCACACAAGCAUUUAUAGGACAUAUUGGCAAUCUACAACUUGCUUCUUAUGCUCUUAUUCAAAUUAUUCUCAUAAGGUUUGCACAUGGCAUCUUGCUAGGCAUGACAAGUGCAAUAGACACACUCUGUGGACAAGCAUUCGGAGCCAAACAAUACCAAAUGCUCGGCAUCUACUUACAGAGAUCCUUAAUCAUUAAUCUCUCCGUCGCGACAUUGAUCCUCCCUGUCUUCAUCUUCUCAACCUCCAUCUUCAGACUGCUUGGCCAAGAAGAGAAUAUAUCAGAAGCCGCUGGUUCUAUCUCUUUAUACUUCAUUCCAAAUCUCUAUUUUAUUGCAUUUCAUGUCAGCAUCCAAAGAUACUUACAAGCGCAGCUCAAGAACGCUAUUGUCGGAUGGGUUUCUGCUGUGUCGUUCUUAGUUCAUGUGGUUCUGUCAUGGAUCUUCGUGAACAAACUAAGUUUGGGAGUUGCUGGUGCGAUGUGGGCGAUGAUUGUGUCGACGUGGGUGACUUUGAUUGGUGAGGUUGUUUAUGUCUUAGGAGGCUGGUGUCCUGAUACUUGGCGGGGUUUCACAAUGGCUGCUUUCUCUGAUUUGGUUCCUGUGUUUAAGAUGUCCAUCUCUUCAGGUGUCAUGCUUUGCUUGGAGUUAUGGUACAAUGCAGUUUUAGUGCUGUUGGCAGGGUACAUGAAAAAUGCUACAACUGAAAUUUCUGCCUUCUCUAUUUGCCUCAAUAUCACAGCUUGGGAAUUUAUGCUAUGUGUUGGCUUCUUGGCUGCAAUUAGCGUAAGGGUUGCUAAUGAAUUAGGAAGAGGAAGUGCUGAAGCUGCAAAAUAUGCCAUAAAAGUAGCGUUGAGCACUACGAUUUGCAUAGGACUCUCGUUUUCAAUUCUGUGUUUGGUUUUUGGACGUCAGCUUCCCUACUUAUUCACUGAUGAAAAACAAGUUGCACAAACUGUUUCAAGCCUCUCCGUCUUGCUUGCUGUCUCUGUUUUGCUCAACAGCGUUCAGGCUAUACUUUCAGGGAUUGCUGUAGGAGCAGGGAGACAAGGCAUAGUAGCAUAUGUUAAUAUUUGCUGCUAUUAUGUGGUCGGAGUGCCACUAGGAGUUGUUCUUGCUUAUGUGGCUGCCUUGCAAGUCAAGGGGAUAUGGAUGGGAAUGAUUAUUGGAGUUGUUAUGCAGUCACUUGUGCUUGGUUAUAUUACCUGGUCCACUGACUGGGAUGAGCAGGUUAAGAUAGCUUCAGACCGUCUGGGCCGAUUGUUCUUAAGAAACUCGGAGAAAACAGUUGAAGAGAGACUAAUUUCAACAAAUUAGUGAUUAAUAAUUUAUACCGUCAUUGCGUAUCAAUGAGUAACGCAACAAUCAUCUUAAACAGUUCUUGAAUAAACUGCCUAAAAUUAAUUUAUGGUAGAAAAAAUAUAAUUCCCGGUACUUGAAUACUAUGUAGCACGGAAAUUGAUAUGAAAAAAAUUGGAUAAUCGGACA